UAUUAAGUAGAUACAACGUUUGGGACUAAUUAUUACCCAGCCUUUGUGGGGUUAAAUCCUGUUGAGUCUGGAAGAUAAUAAAAUUGUUGCACAACCUUCACGAUCUCUAUCAGGUUUUUAUCUGGCCUCUUCAUCAACCACUUUUAUGACUCCUUAAUUUCGUUAUUCUAUUCUUUCAUUAAAGAACAGCCCCUUACGUUAAAUCGGAAUGAAGCGACAAACAGCCCUCCAAGAUGAGUAAUCCAACCUUCCUAGGCCAGACUGUGGCAUUGAUCAGGAAGAAUCUGGUGGUUGCAGUUAAGCGGAAAUGGCUGUCCACUAUUAUACGCUCCCUAAUAAUUCCAAUCGUUCUGCUAGUUCUGCUACUCGAGAUACAAAACUUUAUCAAAGAUCUAAAUCGCUAUGGCGUUGGCAAGAUACAUCCUAUCAGGGGCCUCCAAGACAGCUUGCAAGGCUCCAAACCCAUUGUUGUCGCAAGUUCGGCGAGCCUGGGCGCGGAUUUCCCUCCCAUCCUAGAUCGACUCGAGAAAUCGCUGGGGGAUCAUCAUAUUAUUAAACGUGUCGAUGAAGACGAAAUCGAAAGUACAUGCCCGGUCGACUCUCACGGUCACUCACCAUGCCACGCCGCAAUUGUUUUCAAAAACUCCCCCGGCAGUAAUAAUGACGAUGACAAGUGGGAAUACAACAUUCUGACAGACCCAGCGUUUUUGACAUAUAAGUUUGAUGUCUUCAACGCAAACAGCGGUGUGGAAAGAAUUGUACUUCCCUUACAGUUGGAAAUCGACAAUGCCAUAACGAACUCUACAGAAAUCCCAGAUGUCCAGGCUUUCACCAGGUUAUCUCAAAAAGAAGCAGAUGAUUUUUCACGAAGGGACUUUCAAUCCCUUGCCUUAUACACCCUGUCUUUCGUCUUCUUCAUCACCAUGGUCCCUGUGGCCCACCAUGUCGCGGGUAUGGUAACAUAUGAUAGAGACUCGGGUAUGUCACAGCUUGUGGACGCCAUGGGCGGUGAUGGUGCUAUUUGGGCAAGAGUUCUCAGCUAUGUUAUCACAUUUGAUAUAUUAUAUCUACCAUUGUGGAUUAUACUUGGCGCAGUUUUCUGGCACCUCUUACUUCCUGGUCAAAACGCAGGAAUAGUUAUUUUUUGGCAAAUUUUCACCGGAUGGUCCGUUACAAGUGCGUCAGUAUUUGGCGCGGCCUUCUUCAAACGCCAUGCCUUUGGUUCUCUUUUCGUAACCCUGAUCCCUAUCUUGCUUGCUGUUAUUGCCGCGUACACAGAGAAUACCAAAUUACCGCCACCCCUUGCGCAGGUCGUUGCGCUUAGCCUGCUCUUCCCGAGUAUGAACUAUGUGUACUUCUUCAGUGCCAUUACAAAAUCAGAAAUCGUUGGAGUUGUUCUUGACCUGGGCACUCCGGUGUUCGCAAGUGAACUCGAAGGUUCAAAUAUCCCGGGUCAAGUUACAGGGGUAAAUUGGGUCAGCAUGGCUGGGUCUUAUUUUCUAUGGAUCAUUCUCAUUGCCCAGAUCUUUAUAUUUCCUGUCCUCGCCGUCUUUGUUGAAAAGGCUCUUCACGGUAUCAAUCGUCGAAGAAGAGAUUUCGAUACCAGCACGGAAGCAGUGAAUUCGCAGGUUGCAAUUCAAACAAAAGGACUAUCCAAACUUUACCGCCCUUCUUGGUUCAAGAAAAUCUUUUGUUGCGCUCGAACCCCUAAAACUAAAGCAGUCGACAAUCUGGAUCUUACAAGCUAUCGGAAUCAGAUCUUGUGUCUGCUAGGUCCAAAUGGAUCUGGUAAGACUACAACAUUGGAAAUGCUUUCUGGCUUUCAGCAACCCACUGAUGGUUCAGUGACUAUCAAUGCUUCUUCUUCUCAAAUCGGCAUCUGCCCCCAGAAGAAUGUCCUGUGGGAUAAUCUCACUGUUUUUGAACAUUUGACCAUAUGGAGCGCCAUCAAGGGGAGCGGAGAUACCCAAGAGAGCCUCGAGCAAUUGAUUGAACAAUGCGACCUUGUUAAUAAGAAGAAUAAUCUAGCUGCGAGCUUGAGCGGUGGCACGAAACGAAAGCUUCAGCUAGCAUGCAUGUUGGUUGGUGGCUCGUCUAUUUGCUUCGCAGAUGAGAUCACAUCUGGCCUGGAUCCCUUAUCACGCAGAGUGAUAUGGGAGGUCAUAAAGCGAGAGCGAGCCCAGCGAACGAUGGUCCUCACAACUCAUUUUCUUGACGAGUCAGAAGUACUAAGCGAUCACAUCAUGAUUAUUACGCUUGGGAAAAUGAAGUGUCAGGGUACGCCGGCAGAACUCAAGAACCAGUACGGCGGUGGUUAUCGAGUUCAUAUCCCCAAGGCAGAAGAUAUCUCAGGUCUUUCCCAUCCCGUCAUUGAGAAGCACGAUAGAUACGUCUGUAGAACACCGGACUCUUCAUCUGCCGCUCGAGUAUUGGCUUCUUUAAGAACAUCGGCCAAUACGGAGUUAUACAUUACUGGACCCACGAUUGAGGACGUGUUUCUCAAGGUUGCUGAGGAACCUCACACUCUCAUUGGUGAGUCGCCUGAAGAGAUAUCGUUGGCCGAGUCUCUAACUGGCGAGUCUAAACCUGAGGCCACCCUCAGCCUAACGGCCGUAUACGCAAGGCAAAUACGCGCUUUACUUCUCAAGAGGAUAAUAUUGCUCCGCUCCGGUUGGUGGCAGUAUCUCUUUGCCCUCGGCAUCCCCAUUAUCAUCGCGGCUUUAACCCCUAAGUUUCUCAAAGACUACGAGACACCUCGUUGUGAUGAAAUCAUCUCGUCUGCUGUGACCCCUUACCCUCUCAGUUUAUACACUUUGGGAACUCUGGCGCUUGGGCCAGAAUCAGCCAACGAUACUAUAGCCGCUAUCAUUACAGAACAGAAUGAUGGUGAGCUUUACAGCUAUGGUGAUGGAGAGUAUGGGCCGUAUAUAAUCGACACACGCGAUGGGCUGGAAGAUUUUGUGCGCACACAUACCCAAAAUCUAUCCUACAGCGGCGGUAUCUGGGUCGGUAACAACAGCAACCCCUUCAUCGCAUACGACGCGAAUUCAGUGGACACCGCCGCGACUUUACUGAAUCUGCUCAGCCAAGUUAAGAGUGGACAGAAAAUUCAAGUGUCUUUGUCCGCCCUUACGAGCUAUAACCAGGCGAAUGGUGGGAAUAGCGUCAUUUGGGUGACAAUUUUUUGCCUAGUUCAAGCCCUGUAUCCCGCCUUCUUCUCGUUAUACCCGACAUACGAGAGAAAGUCACAGGUCCGAGCGCUACAGUACUCGAACGGCAUCAGACCCUUCCCUACCGUGUUUUCGUACUGGGUGUUCGACUCCUUCUUUGUCAUCAUUGUUGCUGUUAUCUGCACCGUUCUUAUCGCACCAGCAACGGAAUGGUUCGGUGUUGGCUAUCUCUUCGUAGUACAGGCGCUAUAUGGCUUCGCCGCUGUGCUCUUCUCAUAUCUAGUAUCUUUUGUCGCUCGGUCUCAACCCGCUGCAUUUGCAUUAUCCGUCUUGUUUAUGGCGAUUAUGUAUGUGCUUUCAAUCAUUUCAUUAGUGGUCCUCAACGUGUCCCAAUCAGGGAACCUUAAGGCUCUAGAUGGGACCGCUUACGGAUUAGGCCUCAUAUUCCCGAUCCAGAAUCUAUUGCGUGGCCUUACCGUUAGUGUGAACACGUACCUAGUGCGAUGCCGAGGACGCAGUAUCGUCACGUACCCAGGGUCUAUAUAUGCGUAUGGCGGUCCUAUUCUCUUGCUAGUGAUACAAAUCAUCUGGAUUUUUGUCUUAGUCGUAUGGCUUGAAGGAGGCCGUCUUCCCUUCUUCUCAAAACCGAAGGUUCCUGUGCAAGACAUUAGCGAUACUGAGAAGACCGUGCUUUCUGGGAGACCAGAUGUUGAUGCUGAGACAGCACGUGUGAUGUCGUCGGAUUCAGACCUCCUGCGCGUGCAGCACGUCUCGAAGGACUUUGGCUCGUUCAGAGCUGUCGAAGAUGUUUCCCUAGGCUUACAGAAAGGAGAGAUACUGGCAUUGCUGGGACCGAAUGGUGCUGGGAAGACGACGACGCUAAACAUGAUCCGCGGAGAUUUGACUCCAACAAGCGGCAGAAUAUACCUUCAGGACAUCGACGUUCAUAAGAACACUCGCCUGGCGCAGAAUAACCUCGGCGUGUGCCCACAAUUUGACGCUCUAGAUUUGUUAACCGUCCGCGAGCACCUCUCUUUCUACUCCCGCUGCAAGGGCGUGACGGACGUCAAAGCAGACGUAGCCUACGUAAUGGCCAGAGUGGGAAUCACAUCUCACGCUGACAAACUCGCGGCAAAACUCUCCGGUGGCAACAAGCGCAAGCUUAGCCUCGGUAUCGCUCUCGUCGGCAAUCCACCCGUUCUUCUGCUUGACGAGCCUAGCUCUGCUAUGGACGCAGCUUCUAAGCGAGUCCUUUGGAAGACUCUCGAGGCUAUUGCACCGGGUCGCUCCGUGGUUAUCACGACACAUUCAAUGGAGGAAGCUGACGCACUAGCGACGCGUGCCGCGAUCGUCGCUAGACGACUCCUUGCCAUCGGCACGACGGAGGCGCUGCGCAAGACUCACAGUAACGAGUACCACGUACACCUGAUUCUCAAGAGCGCCCCGCUCUCAACGGUCGAGGAGAUGGAGGAGGUGGCGGCUUGGGUGCGUAGUACGUUCCCAGGAAUCAAGUUCGAAGGUGAGAAUCUUGGCGGUCAGGUUCGCUUCAUCGUUCCCGCGGACAGUAAAGUCCCCGCCCUUCAGUUGACGACAGAGAGUACGCGAGAUGAAAAAAUAGGAACUGGUGGAACACAGAGCUUCACGCGAUAUUUGAUCGAGACAUUGGAGGCCCAGAAAGAGCAGCUCAAUCUCGACUGUUACUCCAUCUCGGCUGCCACAAUGGAGAGCGUCUUCUUACGUGUCGUCAAGGAGUUGCCCGCUGAGGAUGACGGAACGGCUCUUAAGAAGCCUUGGUGGCGCCGUUAGACUCGCCCAAAGUAAAUUCUGUAUUCGUACUAAUUGAUACCUA